AUGGCCACGCCAACCACACCUGGAAAGAAACCUCGUACUCCACGCAGAAAGGCUUGCGGCAAUUGCGCUAGAUCCAAAGCCCGGUGCAGUCUAGAAAAGCCUGCGUGCUCGAGGUGCAGAUUAACAGACCGAAGCUGUGUAUAUGAGACAGCGGCUCUAGCAUCGGAGCAGCGCAACUCUGGCCUAGCACAGGGAGGAUUACAAGCAGAGCCCGAGCGCUUAAAUUGUCCUAGGGCGUCGUUCCUUCUCGAUUCAAACUCUGCGUCGACAACAUUACAAACGCCGGUUUCUCUGUCAGAUGCCAGUGCUCCUAGUUGGUUACCUGUUGGUGAUACCAUCUGCUAUCCACCGAGCCAGCAGUUACAUGGACAAUGUAUCGAGGGGACUGUCGGAAACAAUGAGCUUGCUUUUGGAGACAUUGACCUGACUCCCACCUCCGAGGCAGAUAAAAUUCGCUCUCGAUGGUUAAGGCCUUACUUCAUGACUACGCUCGAUCGAAUUGAGAUCCCAAAAGUCGUUCUUCCUUAUACUAUACAGUUUAUUAAGCGAAUCUUGAGGACUUAUCCGCGGAACAUGCUGGAGGACGGGCAUCUUCCCCCAAUCAUUCAUCAAGCCCAAGUGAAGGGGAGCGAGGUUCCUCGCGCACUAGCAAACUGCUAUAGCCUAGUACGUAUGUGGGAACACGCCGUCCCCGGGAGCGAGGAGGUAGUUAUGAGUACCCUUAGACGGGAGAUGGAUAGGCUGUCUAGUGAGAGCCCGGAUCAACAUGACUACCAGCUCCUGUGCUCCUUCCAAGCUUACCUUAUUUACUCAAUCCUGAUGUACUUCUCUCCUCGAGGCAACUUUUCGGAAAACACCAUGAUAGCUCUCAUGGAUUUGGCCUUCCGUACCAGUCGAAAUGGUCUCUCCUGUACCGCCGAGAUAGAACGGACCAAACCAACAUGGGAAUCCUGGAUUGUGGCUGCUGCGAAACGGCGUGCAGUCUUUAUUCUUUACGUCUUCAGUAGCAUCUAUAAUGCGGACCGGAUGCUGCCUGAUUUCAUCGCCGACGAGUUAAGAACCGUCUAUGUACCGGGUCAUAAGGCAUUGUGGGAAGCGGAUAACCGAGAGACGUGGAAUAAGGUGUACUAUCGGUACUUAUCUGAUUGGGAAGAUGGAAGCUUGGUUAUCUCCGAGCUAUGGGCAUUCCCUGAGAAAAAAGAACCCAAGCGAAGGGAAAGGAUCGAACGUUGGGUUGGGACAGUUGAUGAAUUCGGAAUGAUGAUGUUUGCUCUUUGCGCUCAUAUCCAUGGCUGCUGA